CCCAAGUCCAAAAUCCAAAUUACGGCUCCCCCUACGAAAAUAUCAAAGAACAAGGGAGAAAAAUAAAUAGCAAUGCUUCUCAAAACUCUUCAAGUCUCCGACGUCCCCGCCCUCGACCAAGUCCAUGAAAUCUCCACGUCCUCUCCCUUUCUCCCCAAAACUCUCAAAUCAUCGAACUUUACGGUCAUCGGCCACCGUGGAAAUGGCAUGAACUCGCUCUCCUCGACAAACCCAACAAUGGAAAACUCAAUCCUCUCCUUCAAUAAAGCCGGCAAAUUCCCGAUCCAAUUCAUCGAGUUCGACGUCCAAGUAACCAGCGACGAUCACCCAAUAAUCUUUCACGACAGUUUCAUCCUCGCAAAAAACAAAGGCGAAAAAAGAGUUACAGAUCUUUCACUUAAUCAGUUUCUUUCCUACAACUCAAAAGCUCUUCUUAGAAAAACCCAUGAUGGGGAAAUCCUCGAUUGGUCGGUCGAAAAUCACGAAAAUCCUCUUUGCACAUUGCAAGAAGCGUUCCUCAAAGUCGAUCCCCAUCUCGGUUUCAAUAUUGAGCUCAAAUUCGACGACGAAGUCGCCUACAAAGACGAAGAGCUGAUCCACAGUCUACAAAUCGUGCUAAAUUGCGUGUAUCAAUAUUCUGGAGAUCGAAAGAUUAUUUUCUCUUCUUUCAGUCCUGACGCAGCCAGGCUAGUUAGGGGGCUUCAAAAUCUAUACCCUGUAUUUUUUCUUACUGAUGGCGGUGUAGAAAUCUACGGCGACGAUAGGAGGAAUUCUUUGGAGGAGGCGGUGAAACUGUGCAGAGAGUGCGGGUUGCAGGGGAUCGUGUCGGAAGUUAGAGCUCUGAUGAGGAAACCGUCGGUGAUAUCUGAAGUUAGGGAGGCUGGGCUUGGACUGAUGAGUUACGGGAAGCUGAAUAAUAUUGGGGAGAUUGUUUGGUUGCAGAAUUUGAUGGGGAUCGAUGGGGUGAUUGUUGACAGGGUUCAGGAGAUUACGGAGGUUGUUUCUGGCUUUGCCGGGUUGAAAGAUGAAGGCAGAGAGGAUGAAGGGAAGUUGUUGGUGGGGCCACGGUUCUCUCAAGUUGAGCUUGAAUUUGUGUUGAAGCUCAUACCUGAGCUUGCAAAGGGUAAGGGGUGCUGAUCAAUUGUGUAUAAAAUUUGUUGUUUCAGACCUAAAAAUUAACUACGAGUUAUUUUACUAGAAUAUUCACAACGAAAAAGUAAUGAACGGUUUUUCAUCGUGUACGAACUCAUAAGCUUGUAUCUACUCAAAUCUUUUUCAUGUUUUGUGCG